CUGGCCGGGGACGAAUGCGAUCAGCGGGACGCUUGCUACUUUGAACGUUGUGCGGAAAAUGCGACUUGUGUCAACUUGCCGGACGGUAGUGGACGGAAGUGUUACUGUGACAACGAGGAUGCUCCCGCUUGUUAUCCACACUACAAUGCCUGUUCGUUAAAUCCGUGCAAAAAUGGAGGUAUCUGUCAACUUGUCGGAUCGAACGGUCAAGAUUUCAACUGUAUCUGUACAUCCAUGUGGCAAGGUCCGACGUGUGAUGAGCGCCGUUCCGCGUGUGAUGAGAAAGCGCAUCAGAUGCGGCAAAUGAUGCUGCUCUCGUCCGAGCCGUCUGCGGACCCCCGAACUGUCUCGGUCAGUGUGUGCAUGAACGGGGGCAAAUGUUUUGAGGAUCCGGAUCGCUUCGGAUUUUACUGUGUCUGUCCGGCCGAGUGGACCGGAGAGCGUUGCGAGAUACCGAACAACAAGUCCUAUUCGGCCAAAUAUCUUCUACUGAUCCUGGGCAUUCCCUUGGCAUCUUUCGUCAUGUUACUUUGCGUCGCGAUAAUCGCAUUGACGGUGUGGUGCCACUACCACAAAAAGAAAAAGGCCAACCGGAUCAAAACUCAAAUAAUCCGAUACCCUUCAGAGUAUUCGAGAGGCCGAUAUUGUGAUUCUGCUCCACUGCCCGGAAUCCGGCCAUCAUCACAUCCUGAAGAUCGUCGAUUUACCCUUGUUGGACUUCCACAAGGGAUUAACAGAACUGAUCCGUUACUUCCAAUUGGGAAACGGGAAACAUCCGUGUAUGAGGAAUGUUCAGACGAGGGGUAUGUGGACAUGACCCCAUUCAACCCGGUCUACCGCAGUGAGCGCUUCUCUGUGUCGUCUGAUGUAGAAGAACCCUCUGCACCGACACUACCCAAACGACCUGAAUAUUUUUACAGUAAAUCCUCCUUGGAUCCAACCGUGAGCGGACCGUCUGUGGGCACUCGCUCAUCGGAGAUGGAGAGAACUUCGUAUACAGUGACCACUUCUGAAUCGUCUUCUGAAUCGCACAACAAUCCACAACACACCGGACAGCUCAAUCCAGUUACACAAUCUAGCUCACACAAUGUGGCAUAUUCGAUAAAUCCUAUGGCAAUCGUGCAUCCUGUGGCAAACGUCAUUCCAGAUUUGAAUAUCGCUUUCGUUAUGCUUCAUGUCCCAAAUGUGGCAAAACUGGCCAUAUUCAGUCUGCGUCGCAGUACCAAGACUUGUCAUAAAUUCAAUCCAAUGACACAAAAUCAAGUCAAGAAGCGGCUUUAA